AUGCCCUCUUUUACGAAGGAAAUUGGUAGAGUAUACGCAGCAUCUUUCACACGCUUUGGGAAUGAAGAGCUUCUUGGAUAUUCUCAGGCUUUGAUUCUCACCCAGUGCAUUUUAGCCUUGAAUGAAGACGAAUCGAAUGAGUACUUUGAGGGAACGAGCGUGUUGCUAGAAUGGGUCGCCGAGCGAUUGUGGCAACAAGCUCAUAUUCAGCUUCCUCCAUCGCUUAGUCCUCGACACGCCUGGUUACUAGCCGAGAGUGUCCGUCGUACCAUCAUCGUCAGCCUGAUGCUUCGCAGUGCGUAUUCAUUGCACACUAGGAACUACUCUGUUCGGACGCCAUAUGUGGAUGUCUUAUCAUUCGACGUGCAUAUGGAGCUAUGGGAUAAUGGCUCUCAGCAGGCGUGGGCAGAAGCAGAUACGGGAUCUCGUGCUGCAAUGAUGCCAGUGAAUGAAUACUCCGAUGCUCUAGAACACGGCCGAGUUUUUGAUGUCUCUCCAUUUGCUGCAUUGAUCCUGGCAGCCUGCAAAGGGAAAGAAGUAUCGGGCAAACCCUUUCCACCGGUGAGCUCAUAUAUCAUGACAUGA